AGAUGGCCUUCUCAAGAGUGACCACGAUCGGCGCGCUGUUCGGAACGCUGGCCUUUGCGCUUCCACAAGCCUCAGACCACUAUGGAUCACCAGAUCCGAUCUCGGUGCCCGAGUGUCCUCCUCCAAACGCGGGAGUGCCUCUCGAGAGUUUCAUGUCGUACUCGAUCGAGUUCAGUUCGUUCCCGGACUUUGCGGGUAACCUCACUUCACCGAACACUUUUUCAGAUAACUUGCUCAGCAAUAUUGCGAAGUAUGCGGGCUCCAAACCCCAUAUCAGAGUCGGGGGCAACACCCAAGACUUUCCCUUCUUCGAUGAGUCGCUUGAGGUGGCCUUCGUGGGCGUCUUCAAUGAAACUUUAUCCGCGGACUACCCUACGACAUUGACGAUCGGCCCUGCAUACUUCGAAUCUUAUCUCACUUGGCCGCAUACCAAGUAUGUACACGGUUUCAACCUGGGCAAGAACAGUUCGAGCUUCAGGGCCAGUCUCCUCAAGUCCGUGCCCUAUGCUUGCAAGGCCCUCGGUGAUGGCAGGUUGCUUAACUGGGAGCUCGGCAACGAGCCCGACCUCUUCCGCGAGCAGUCUGUUCGAGCGAAUACAUGGGAUGAGUCAGAGUACGUGCAAGAGUGGCUGUUUUGGACGAGAGCUAUUCGGGCUGAGCUGGAGAAAUCCUGCCCCGAGCUUGGCCAUCCUGAGUGGUAUGCUCCUUCAUUCGCCGGAACAGGGAACAACAGCCUGGAUCCAAGCACCGCCUGGGCGGCUGGCCUCGAUGAGGAUAAGAACAUUCCCAUCAUCAGCUCCCACAACUACAUCAGUGGAGCAAUGACCCCAGGCGUAACACUACAAGGCACACUCAUGAACCACACCUCCAGCGUCGAGUCCAUCGCCAAGCAACUCAACGCCUCAAGCCUACUGCACAAUCUCGCUCCGGGUACUCCGUUCAUCCUCGGCGAGCACAACUCGCUCUUCAGACAAGGCCGCCCGGGUCUCUCAAACACUUUCGGCGCAGCUCUUUGGGCCGUCGACUUCAACCUCCUUUGCGCAGCCAACAAUAUUCGCCGCGUGCACAUGCACAUGGGCACCAACUACCGCUAUCAAUCCUGGCAGCCAAUUGACACCGACAAGGACUCCAUCGGCACAAAAGCUCCUUAUUAUGGCAACGUUGCAGUCGCCGCAUUUCUCGGUGAUCUCACUUGCAGUGCCCCAAGCGUUGUCAACAUUCCUCUGCCGACAGAGCUCGAGGCGGCGUACGCAGCGUACGAGGAAGGAGAGCUGCAGAGCAUGAUUGUCAUCAAUCUCAAUGCUUACAACGCCACGGACUACAAUGCAGAGUAUAUCACUGGUUUCCCGCGCCCUGUGCAGACGUACAGUUUCGAUUUGGGCGUGUCUUCGGGGGGGAAGGAGAUAUCUCUGCAGCGCUUGAUCGCAAACGGGAGCGAUGCUAUCUCAGGCAUCACGUAUGAUGGGUACAGCUAUAAUUAUGAGUUGGACGAGGGCAAGCCCGUGUUGCUCCAGAAUGUGACGAGAGGAGAGACCGUUGCUGUGGAUGGGAAUGGGAAGGUGAGCGUCGAGGUGCCGUGGAGUAGUGCGGUGGUGAUGAAGUUUUGAGUGAGCCAGCUGUGCAAUAGGCCGGCAGAUAGAGUAUGUGCCCGUGGAUAUGCACGCCUAUUAGGCUAUCUCAG